AUUUUGGAUUUAGUAAAGGGUACACAUUACCAGGUAGCCUGUCAGAAAUACUUCGAGAUGACACAUAAUGUGGAUGAUUGUGGCUUUUCUUUGAAUCAUCCUAAUCAGUUCUUUUAUGAGAGUCAACGUAUUCUAAAUGGAGGUAAAGACAUCAAGAAGGAAGCCGUCCAACCAGAAACCCCUCAACACAAAUCAAAUGUCCAGAAAACCAAGGAUGCAUCAUCUGCUCUGGCCUCUUUAAAUUCCUCUCUGGAAAUGGAUAUGGAGGGACUAGAAGAUUACUUUAGUGAAUGAUUCUUGGGCAGUUUAGGAACCCCUUUCCUCUCUAGCCUUCAUUCCUACCAUUACAAUUCUGCCUGUUUCAACUUUAACUUCUUUCACCCCUCCCCAGUCCGUCCACAUGUAUACACACAUUAGGAAACCAUGCUUGCAGCUAAAAACACAGAACCCCACACUAUGUUUUGCUUUGACA